AUGGGUGAGGAGGGUUGGGGAUGUAUCACAGAAUGGCAAAGACACAAGAAACAUACCAUUUAUCAGAGAGACUUAUUCGAACAAUCAGCGAUUGGCAAUCUUUGACAGAUUCGGGUGACAAAAUAGAAGAUCUACUUGAGGCUGGAGCUGAUGUGAAUCAUUGUCAUGGUACGCUACUUCCUCUUGGAUGUGCUUCAAUGGUCAGUGAUGCCUACUGUGUGGAGCUACUCAUAGAAAAUGGUGCCAAUGUUAAUGCCAUUGAUGGCUAUGGAAGAGCACCCCUACAUUAUGCAGCAGAACGUGACCCUGUAUGUACUGAAUUGCUUCUUGCAAGUGGGGCCCAUGUUAACAUUCGUGAUGCUAAUCAGGAUACCCCUUUACACUGGGCAGCAUUUAAGGACAAAGUCUCAUGUGUGGAGAUCCUAUGUCUGAAUGGAGCAGACACAGAUGCCUUGGAUUAUGGCCUUGACACCCCUUUAAGCUGGGCUGCUAUGAAAGGCAAUCUUGAUACAAUGAAAAUAUUACUGGAAUACAAUGCAGACGUCACAACCCUGAAUUACAAUGGGAGAACCCCGUUAGUACGAUCUGCAAGUAUUCAAGCCUCGGGGUUGAAUAAUGAGUAUGACGAUGAAUGCUUACAUUUGUUAAUAAAAGCCAAUGGUCAGUUCCAGGUAAGGAAUGAGAAUAACCAAGUUCCAAGAGAAAUAUCUCAGGAUAAUAAAUUAUGUGAGCUUCUACUGCCCCUGUCUGACAAUCCCCGGUCUCUACAUGAACAAUGUAGGUUUAAUAUUAGGAAAUCGAUGGGUAAACGUUACCUCCCUAAUGCAGUAAGGCAGUUACCAGUGCCUGACACAAUGCAAAAUUAUAUACUUUUGAGGUGAUAUGAGACAUUACCAGAGUAGCAUAAUAAAAGUGUAAUAUGUACAAUUAAUGUACAGGGUGUCCAUAAGUGUCUACACUUUACACAGACUUUGUAUUGU